AUGAAGUAUUCCCAACCCAUCGACCCUGAAGACCAGGAGAGCGAUGAGGACAAUAUCUUCAAGGAGUACCUGAAGCUUUUUCGCCUCAACAUGGAGUAUCACACCGACAACUUCAAGGCCGCCUGCAAAUGUGCCUGUAAUGAGAUCCGAGAUAAGCUCCGCUGCAAGUUCAAGCAGCUCCGGGAGUCCAUGCGUUGCCGUAUUGAACACCGAGGUUAG